UUGACGAUGAGUACAUUCCACAAUUUUAUGCUGCAAGCCAAAAAAGCACGCGCUGCCAUCAACAGAGGCAAGAGAUCCGACGCCAAGAAGAGCAAUUCCUCCAAACACGGUGCAGUGCCAUCUUCCGUGUCGUUAGUGGACAUAGUACCGACCUCGGCCCCCUGGGACCUCCUCCCCGUUGAAAUCCAGAUCAAGAUAUUCGCCCACUGCGGCGUCACCGAUUUAUUACCGCUGAAGCUGGUCUGCAAGUCAUUCUAUCAGCUACUGACCUCCCAAGAACAAUGGAUCACCCGGCAGUAUCUGCGACAACGCCGCGGCGGAACGCUUCCCUCCCCUAUCGACGGCGAGAAAACCUAUACUAGAAGUCCGGAGGAUGAUGUAGUGCUUCUGUCGGACCUGUUCCCUCCUGCGAAGAGUGCCAGGGGGGGCCAUAUCUACACCUUCAAGUACAUCUUCAGUUUGCGCCGUCGGCAGAAGCAAUGUUCAAAGUUGAGCUGCUACCUUGCGGAUCGUGUCAUGGAUCGGUUCGUGCACAGUGAGCCAGGCUUUAUGAAGUCGGUUUUCUCCUCCAAGGCCGAGCGGUCUGCUUUUGUGCAGCAGACGACCGCGCGUUUGUGGUUCUACCUCACUCCCCUGAUGUACUAUGCUCUCUACUUUUUGGAAACCUAUGCUCUCGCUAGACGAGAGCAAACCAACAUCCUCCUCCGGGAAUUUGAGGCCGGGCGUCUUCCGGUUCCCAUCCCCCCUCACAUUCGUAAAGUCAUGUACCGGGAGCUGCAAGUAAAGAUAAUCAAGGCACCCCCUUUCACCGAUACGGCGACUCUUAUAGCCACGCACCACUGCAUGCAACUCCUAGUCUCCUACCUGCGGUAUACGGUACCACCGGAUGAGCCUACGGUGUCGGAUGACAGUUGGAUUGGGUCACUGCUCACCGUAUCCCCGUUCUCGCGGAUCGUGGAGUAUUUCUCUGCGGAGAUUGGGGACGGCGGGAGUCAGCGAAUGCAGCGAAAGGAGUUUAUGCACAAUUUCCACAACGAUAUCACGUUGAACGAGAAGGACGACAUUCAGUCCUUGGUGUUCCAGAUCUCGCCAAACGUUCACCUCCACGGAUCGGUAGAAGACGUCUGGUUCGAUGUGGUAGGGGAAGAGCUGGCUUCGAGGCAUGCGGCGCCCCAUGAUGUCGAUCGCGUCAUGGUCUGGCCCGGGCUGCCGGUCUUGUUGUCCUGUCGCGAGUGCCGCGUGAGAGAGGGCUGGCAUGCGUGAAUCAUUCCGG